CUUGCCAAGCCCUUGCCCUCUUUUUUUUUUCAUCUUUUCCAUUUCUUGUGCUCGAUAUGGAAGCAGCAGCACAACAACCGACGAACCAGAACCAUAAGUCGGAGCCAACGCUGGUUUUCUUUAUUCUCAAACCAGCCUUAGACGGCUCACCAGAAGAGACCCGCCGAUUCGAGGUCGCUACAGACCAUAUCACCUAUGACGAACUUCACCGACGAGUCAAAGAUACCUUUGGGCUCAGGGUCAGAUUCAACCUCACGUUUGACAAGCAUAAUACGACAAUUACCAUGACAGAUACAAAUGAUCUUAAAUAUCUGGUGCAGCAACAACAACAACAGACGGGUUUUGUCAUCAAUAAAGAUCAAGCCGAUCCCGUUGUCUGGAUGAAGAUUGUUAUUCUGUCAGCGGAGAACGAUGAUGAUGAUGAUAGUAGAACCCAAGAAAAAGAAGAAGAGUGGUACCUUAAAGCAGCUCGAUGGAUUGUUAGUGCAGGCAGGGUGAUCAUGAUUGUCGCUGUACCGAUUCUACAUGUCUUUGGACCAGCUUUGGCAGAGCGACUGCCACCACCGUAUGCACAGAUUGUGCUGGCUGCCACAGCUGCUGCGCGAAAGAUGCCAGAAUUACUAGGUCAUCCGUUCUCACAAGCAUUAUUAGCAGCUGGUGCUGCAUUUGCCACUACUACUUCUACUUUAUCGAGAACAAAGCCAAACCGUCUGUCGCAUCAUCAAGAACAAAAAACAUCAUCCGCAGCAGGCGAGCAGCAGCAAUGAUAUAUUUAUAGUGUAGACACAACCAUGUUGCUGUGCUGGACUUGCACAUAUUUUCUUUCUUCCACAACCAUCCAUGCUCCUUGCAUUCAUACAUUUCUCAUCAAACGUGCCCCAACCCGUUGCCUCUUAUAUAUAUAUAUAUAUAUAUAUAUAUAUGUAU